AUGGCGCUAGUUUUGAAUUGCAACGGAGAGCAUGUCUGCCAGCCUAGCACUUCGAGGACGGCGCUUUCAUCAAAAGUCACGCAAAGGGUGUCAGCAAUGCAAGCGCAGGAAAGUGAAGCCAGUGUGCGACAAGUGCAGAAGAUAUGGGGUAGAUUGUUCUUUUGCUCCUCCAAAUCGCAUCGGGAUAGAAGAAGCAUUAGCCUCAUCCAGAAGAUCCAUCUCCUCAGAUCGGAAUACAACUUCCUGCUCAAGCUCCAGGACAAGCCGACAGAGGUCGCCGCGCUGGAUUCCAGUAGAAGCUCCACAUGCGCCACCGUCUGCAGGAUUCGAGCUUGCUAUCGCGGACCUGGAGCUGCUCCAUCAUUACACGACCUCAACCGCUUACACAUUCUCUCUCCAUCCAGCACUGCAAACCCUGUGGCGCGUCGAGGUGCCCCGGAUAGGAUUCACGGCGUCCUACACCCUGCGUGCGAUCCCGGCUAUCUCUGCUCUACAUCUCGCUGUUCCCCGUUCACGAGGAGAGAGCUGUACAUCGCACAGGCAAGCGAGCACCACGGUGCAGCACUCCGGCUUGCCACGCCUGCUAUACCGAAUAUCAACCAUGAAAAUGCGCCGCCGCUAUUCCUCUUUUCAGCAUUAUCUUCCUUCAUAUGCUGUGCUAAGCCACUGAAACUAGGCAACUUCCUCCUCUGGGAAGACCACGAGAUCGCAAGCUGGCUGCGGGUUCCGCAUGACUUUCUGCUCCUGCUGAAGGGGCACCAGCCUCAUGCGCUGGUUAUAGUGGGGUAUUUCUGCGUGUUGUUGCAUCAGCUGGAAUGGAUGUGGUGGAUGAAGAACUGGGGGACGCAUAUCCUAUCGCAGAUCUACCAUCUGUUACCUGGACCGAUAUACAAGGCUUGGCUGCAGUGGCCGAUGGAGCAGAUUGGGUUUGUGCCGUUUGAAGAGAAAUUAUAA